AUGGCCAUGGACAGCAGGCAAGGGCGGAGCCUGGGAGGCGGCCGCGGCAGGCGCUCUCUCCGCACCGGCCAGGACGGACACGUUCGCGCUCCCGCCGGCCAUCCACCGACCUCUGGUGCUGCGGCGUCGUGCUCUCCGUCUCCGUCCGCGAGCCUGGCCGGAGAGUCGACCAGCACCCGGCAAAACCAACCACGCAACGCAACAACCACCGAUUCCGAAUUUCCAGUUUCACCAACCGAGACACCAACUAGGGCUGCCCUCGCGCCGCCGACGAUCUCGCCGUGCGACGAUGCCGAUGCCGGCGCGGACGUCGCGCCGCCGCAGCCUGGAGAAGCCGGACGAUCUGAGUCGCACCCUCCCUCGCCGCACAUCCACGACGUGGGCAGAGUUGAGCCGCUCUCAUCUCCUUCGCCACCGCCUGCGCCUGCUCGGGCUCCCGAGAGAAAAGAUCCACACGAUCUUCGGCCCAAUCCAAAAGUUCAGCUUGCGCAGGCCAAGAGGUUUGCAACGGGUGUCUUGGAGCACUACAACAAAAACAAGAAGAUCAAAUUUGAGCUCUUGGACGCCAAGCCUGUGAUCAGCAUACCUGUGCCACGAUGUUGUUACACGCACAUCAACUUCACCGCAAGGUCCAGCGAGGAGGAUUCGCAUGAACAGCUUUUCUUCGCUGAGAUUCUACACUGCAGCAAAAGGCGGGCUCCAAGUGGCUUCAUCAUCACUUGCUGUGAGCCAUUGGGCUCUGAUUCUGCAGCAGGACAAAAAUUUCGCCAGCCUGAUGGUAGCUCGGUGGUGAGCAAGAAUGCCGAUUCUACUUACUGCUUCGCCUGCACCGAGAGGAUGUUGCAUCCGAGGGGUGAAAACUAUGUCGCUGGGCACUGCAAUAUCCCGCGUGUUUACGACUAUGUGCGUUAGCAGUGGACAGUGAAGGAGCAUGUGGAACUCUGUACUUGUACCAUUGCAUUUUGGCACUUCACUGCUGGAGAUUACUGACACAGUUUGUUCAAAGUGCUCGGUUGGUGAUUGCCCAUUCUAGAGGUCCUGGGUUUUCUGGAAAACCAAUUAUCUGAAUUAAAUACUUGAUUUCGCUGUAGUUGUCUG